GGGGAGGGAAGUUGCCGCCGCCGCCGCCCGGGCCGCCGGCCCCUCCUGUCCUUUGGUCAGGUGCAGAGUUUCUCCUAGCAUGCCUGUAAUCUGAUCAGCAACCACCAGCCUUGACUCCUGUGUCUGGCACUGUGGUGCUGGGGGCUUGUCACCACAGCUACAGCACCGUCAUGGCCGCAGCCUCCACUUCCACCCCUGUAAUUUCACAGCCCCAGUUCACAGCCAUGAAUGAACCACAGUGCUUCUACAAUGAAUCCAUCGCCUUCUUUUAUAACCGGAGUGGAAAGUAUCUUGCAACAGAAUGGAACACAGUCAGCAAGCUGGUGAUGGGACUUGGUAUCACUGUCUGUAUCUUUAUCAUGCUGGCCAACCUUCUGGUCAUGGUGGCCAUCUACGUCAACCGUCGUUUCCAUUUUCCUAUUUAUUACUUAAUGGCUAACCUGGCUGCUGCGGACUUCUUUGCUGGGUUGGCCUACUUCUAUCUAAUGUUCAACACAGGACCCAAUACUCGGAGACUGACUGUUAGCACAUGGCUCCUCCGUCAGGGCCUCAUUGACACCAGCCUGACGGCAUCUGUGGCCAAUCUGCUGGCGAUUGCAAUUGAGAGACACAUAACGGUUUUCCGCAUGCAGCUCCACACACGGAUGAGCAACCGGCGGGUGGUGGUGGUCAUUGUGGUCAUCUGGACUAUGGCCAUUGUGAUGGGUGCUAUACCGAGUGUGGGCUGGAACUGUAUCUGUGAUAUUGAAAAUUGUUCCAACAUGGCGCCCCUCUACAGUGACUCCUACUUAGUCUUCUGGGCCAUUUUCAACUUGGUGACGUUUGUGGUGAUGGUGGUUCUUUAUGCUCACAUCUUUGGCUAUGUUCGACAGAGGACUAUGAGAAUGUCUCGACAUAGUUCUGGACCACGGCGGAAUCGGGAUACCAUGAUGAGUCUUCUGAAGACCGUGGUCAUUGUGCUUGGUGCCUUUAUUGUCUGCUGGACUCCGGGCCUGGUCUUGCUACUGCUGGAUGUGUGCUGCCCACAGUGUGAUGUCCUGGCUUACGAGAAAUUCUUCCUUCUCCUGGCUGAGUUCAACUCUGCGAUGAACCCUGUCAUCUACUCCUACCGCGACAAGGAGAUGAGCGCCACCUUCAGACAGAUCCUCUGCUGCCAGCGCAGCGAGACAGCCAGUGGCCCCACUGAAGGCUCCGACCGCUCGGCCUCCUCCCUCAACCACACCAUCCUGGCUGGAGUUCACAGCAAUGACCACUCUGUGGUUUAGAAAGGAAAGGAAGAUGAGAGGCCUGCCAUCCUCAGUGAAGGCAUGAACAGCCUCCCCCAACCCCGGUCCCAGGUGAGGUGGGGAGCAAGACAGGAAGAAACUCGUGCACUUAAACACUAACCAAUGGCAGUAUUCGUCCUAAGCCCGGGAGACUUGGGAGACUUACGUUGAAAAGCAGCUUAUGUGACAACCCUCAUCCUGAUCCCCUCCUGUUGAAAGCAGAAAGUGGAGCUCUCACAGUGGAAUUCAGAUGUUGACUCUGGAGCGUCCCAUUUGCACUCACUAACUAGACUUUAAAGACUUUGUGUAGUUCGGUGCAAGUCAGAAUAAAUUCUGACAAACGAGUCCACAACUUCAUUUACACACAGGCCUCCAUUGUGUUUCUGCUUUUCAAGGAUAUGUUUUAUAUAAAAACGUGUUUUCGCCUAUC